AUUGGGCGAGACGGCGAGCGACGUAAUAACUGCGCGCUCACGGCUGCAGAGGGUCGUCGCCGCGUCUGCGCACGGGGAGCUGGUUGCCGCUGCAGCCGCCUGGAAUUGUGGGGGUUGUGUCUGCCCCUCGGCUGCCGGGCGGGAAGCCCAAGGUCUAUAACUAUGGCUUCCCAGGGCCUGCCCCCUUCUAGGAUGGCUCUUCUGGGAAUGCUGCUUGGGCUGCUGAUGGCUUCCUGCUUCACCUUCUGCCUCAGUCAUCAGAACCCGGAGUUUGCGCUCACCAGCCCAGAGAAGAGCAGCACCAAAGAAGCGGAGAGAAAGGAUACCACAGCAGAAGAGGAGCUGGACUCUGAGGUCCUGGAGGUGUUUCACCCGACCUAUGAGUGGCAGGCCCUUCGGCCAGGUCAGGCUGUCCCUGUAGGAUCCCAUGUACGGCUGAAUCUUCAGACUGGGGCAAGAGAAGUGAAACUCCAAGAAGAGGACAAGUACAGAAAUAAUUUGAAAGGGUUGAGAAAAGGCAAAAGGCUGGACAUCAACACCAACACCUACACAUCUCAGGACCUCAAGAGCGCACUGGCAAAAUUCAAGGAGGGAGCAGAAGUGGAGAGUUCAAAGGAAGACAAGGCAAGACAGGCCAAGGUUAAACGACUCUUUCGCCCCAUUGAGGAGCUGAAGAAGGACUUUGAGGAGCUAAAUGUUGUCAUUGAGACUGACAUGCAGAUCAUGGUACGGCUGAUCAACAAGUUCAAUAGUUCCAGCUCUAGCCUAGAAGAGAAGAUUGCUGCUCUCUUUGAUCUUGAAUAUUAUGUCCAUCAGAUGGAUAAUGCACAGGACCUGCUUUCCUUCGGUGGCCUUCAAGUGGUGAUCAAUGGGCUGAACAGCACAGAGCCCCUGGUGAAGGAGUAUGCUGCGUUUGUGCUGGGGGCUGCCUUUUCCAGCAACCCAAAGGUCCAAGUAGAGGCCAUUGAGGGAGGAGCCCUGCAGAAACUGCUGGUCAUCCUGGCUACAGAGCAGCCUCUCACUGCGAAGAAGAAGGUCCUGUUUGCACUGUGCUCCCUGCUGCGCCACUUCCCCUACGCCCAACAACAGUUCCUGAAACUGGGGGGGCUGCAGGUCCUCAGGAGCCUGGUACAGGCCAAGGGCACAGAGGUGCUGGCCGUGCGUGUGGUCACUCUGCUUUAUGACCUGGUCACUGAAAAGAUGUUUGCCGAGGAGGAGGCUGAACUGACCCAAGAGUCGUCCCCAGAGAAGCUGCAGCAGUAUCGCCAGGUGCACCUGCUACCCGGCCUGCGGGAGCAAGGCUGGUGUGAGAUCACCGCCCACCUCCUGGCACUCCCUGAGCACGACGCCCGAGAAAAGGUGCUACAGACGCUGGGCGCCCUCCUGGCCACCUGCCGGGACCGCUACCACCAGGACCCCCAACUCAGCAGGAUGCUGGUCAGCCUGCAGGCUGAGUACCAGGCUCUGGCCGCCCUGGAGCUCCGAGAUGGCGAGGAUGAGGGAUACUUCCGGGAGCUGCUGGGCUCUAUCAACAGCUUACUGAAGGAGCUGAGAUGAGGCUGCUCCCUAAUGCAGGGACCAGACUGGGACAUCAGUGAGGCUGGCGGGCACCAGUUGGGGUGGGCUUCUCGGGGUACACUGGCCAGGAGGGAGGACUUCCCUACUGGGGUUGCCCACCAUCCGGGCCGUGCUGGCUUGGCCAUUAAAUGGAGGUAUGAGGGCCA